AUGCUGCCGCAACAUCUCCUCCAGGAGGAGCAGGCAUCGAUAUUCUACCGCUCUCCAGAACGGAUAGCAAAUGCUGCUGGGGCCAUCGAGGGCAUGGCGACAUCCCACAGGGCCUAUGUGGACAAACCAGUUGCAACCGGCCUGAAACGGAUAGGCGUGACGAUGUUCGGAGUCACAACCCCUUGUGUCGAUCUAAUCCGACUUCACCUCCAGAGUAAUUAUAACUACGAGGUUUAUGUUUUCCAUGCUACUGGCGCCGGUGGCAGAGCAAUGGAGCGGCUCGUUAGAGAAGGGAAAAUCGACGCUGUUAUCGAUGUGACUACAACGGAAAUCGCAGACGAGUUAUUCGGCGGCAUCCUUUCCGCUGGCCAUGAUCGUUUGCGUGCGGCUGCCGAGGCUGGAAUCCCGCAGGUUGUCAGCGUGGGCGCCUGCGAUAUGAUCAAUUUUGGCCCGAGAAGCACAGUUCCUAAAAAAUUCCUGGGCCGCAAACUCUACGAGCAUAACCCUACAGUCACUUUAGUUAGGACUAGCGAAGAGGAAUGCGCUCAGAUUGGCGAAUUUAUCGCGACACAACUUCGGAACCAUGUUGUCAAUCCAAAGCUGGUCGAGGUCAUUCUGCCCACCGGCGGCUUUAGUCUCCUGUCAACACCUCAUAGCCCAUUCGAUGACCCCGUUGCUGACAAGGCUCUUUGGGACGCGUUGAAGAAGGGGCUGGAAUCAAGCGCUGUCUUGACCGGAAUAACAGCGGCCCGAUCGCUUGGCGACAAGUACCCCGCCUCCCAUCCUUCACCAUACAUAGCCAUCAUGAGCGCCCCAGCCCACAAAUUCAAGAUCGCUGACAUCUCACUGGCCGCCUUUGGCCGCCGGGAGAUUGAUCUCGCCGAAGGGGAGAUGCCUGGUCUCAUGGCCAUUCGUGCGAAGUACGCCGAAGCCCAACCAUUGGCUGGUGCUCGCAUUGCCGGAUGUCUUCACAUGACUAUCCAAACCGCUGUUUUGAUCGAGACUCUAAAAGCCCUUGGUGCGGAAGUGACCUGGACAAGCUGCAACAUUUUCUCUACUCAAGAUCACGCUGCAGCUGCUAUUGCUGCUUCAGGGACUCCAGUAUUUGCCUGGAAAGGUGAGACCGAGGAGGAAUACAACUGGUGCCUUGAACAGCAGCUGGUUGCAUUCAAGGAUGGAAAACAACUCAACCUCAUCCUUGAUGACGGUGGUGAUUUGACCGCACUCGUGCACAAGAAAUACCCAGAGAUGCUCAAGGACUGCUAUGGACUAUCAGAGGAGACCACUACUGGUGUCCACCACCUGUACAGGAUGUUGAAGAACAACGAACUUCUUGUCCCUGCUGUGAAUGUUAACGACUCUGUCACCAAGUCGAAAUUCGACAACCUUUAUGGGUGCAGAGAAUCCCUUAUUGAUGGAAUAAAACGUGCCACCGAUGUCAUGAUUGCUGGGAAGGUUGCAGUGGUUGCUGGAUUUGGCGACGUUGGGAAGGGAUGUGCUCAGGCCUUACACAGUAUGGGUGCGCGUGUCAUUGUGACUGAGAUUGAUCCCAUAAAUGCCCUUCAAGCGGCUGUUUCCGGCUUCCAAGUUACCACCAUGGAGGAGGCCGCCCCUAUCGGGCAAAUUUUCGUAACCACCACAGGAUGCCGUGAUAUCUUGACCGGGGAACACUUCUCCGUCAUGAAAAAUGAUGCAAUUGUUUGCAACAUUGGCCAUUUCGACAUUGAGAUCGAUGUUUCUUGGCUCAAGGCCAACGCCAAAUCUGUUCAAAACAUCAAACCCCAGGUCGACCGCUUCCUUAUGCCAAACGGCCGCCACAUCAUCCUCCUUGCUGAGGGUCGUUUGGUGAAUCUUGGCUGUGCCACUGGUCACUCCUCUUUUGUCAUGUCAUGCUCCUUCUCCAACCAAGUCCUUGCCCAAAUAUUGCUUUACAAGUCUCAAGAUGAAGCAUUUGGCAAAAAGUACGUCGAGUUCGGCAUCACUAGUGGCAAGCGAGAUAUCGGUGUUUAUGUUCUCCCCAAGGUUCUUGAUGAGCAGGUUGCUCUUUUGCACCUUGAUCACGUCAAUGCCAAGUUAUCCAAGCUCACACCGAAGCAAGCGGAGUAUCUGGGCUUGGAGAUUGAUGGCCCUUUCAAGGCUGAGAUCUACCGUUACUAA